AUGGCUAGCAACGGAAACUCGCAAGGAUCGGCGGAGAAGAUCAACACCGACAUCGUAACCCUCACUCGGUUUUUGACUGAGGAGCAAGCAAAGCACAAGGAGGCCACGGGAGAUUUCACACUCCUCUGUCACGCCCUCCAAUUCUCCUUCAAAUCGAUAGCCUACUACAUCCGACGAGCCACCCUCAUCAACCUCACCGGCCUCGCAGGCUCAAGCAAUACUACAGGUGACGACCAAAAGAAGCUUGAUGUCAUCGGGAAUGACCUUUUUAUCGCGGCCAUGCGAUCCUCCGGGAAAUGCGCCGUCCUCGUCUCCGAGGAGGAGGAAGAGGCUAUUUACUUCCCCGAACACAAGGGUGCGAGAUAUGCGGUAGCAUGCGAUCCCAUUGAUGGCUCUUCCAACUUAGAUGCCGGUGUGUCUGUCGGUACAAUUUUUGGAAUUCAUAAAUUGCCCGAGGGAUCAACGGGGAAGAAAGAGGAUCUAUUAAAGCCCGGGACCGAGCUGAUUGCUGCGGGUUUCACUAUGUAUGGUGCUUCUGCUCAGUUGGUCAUCACGAUGAAGGGAGGAAGCGUAAAUGGCUUCACAAUGGAUAACGCGCUUGGAGAGUUCAUUCUCACGCAUCCUGAUAUGCGCAUUCCCAAGUCGAGAUCCAUCUACUCGGUCAAUGAGGGAAACUCCCUGUACUGGGAAGAACCUGUCAAGGCGUACUUCAACUCGUUAAAGUACCCUGCUGAGGAGGGUGGUAAGCCAUACUCCGCGAGAUAUAUCGGGAGUAUGGUUGCUGAUGCGUACCGAACGCUACUUUACGGUGGCAUUUUCGCAUAUCCUGCGGAUAAGAAGACUCCCAAGGGAAAGCUACGCAUUCUUUAUGAAUGUGCCCCUAUGGCUAUGGUUUUCGAGAAUGCUGGUGGUCAAGCACUGAACAGCAAGAUGGACCGAAUGAUGGAGGUUGUGCCGGAAAAUAUCCAUGAUAGAUCAGGUAUCUUCAUGGGCAGUUACGAUGAGAUGGAACAAGUCAAGAAGUUCCAUAAGUGA